CACACAAUGACGAGGACUUCCACUUCUCUCCACGCUGCUGCAUUUUUCAUUCUUCUUUUACUCUGUCUUCCUGCAUUCAUCUCGGCAAGACACAUAAACCGCUCACGUUCACAUGGUGGAGAAAAGUAUAGAAAAGAUGGAAUAAGAAUGAGCAAGGUGAGGAGAGAAAGGUUGCAGCAUUGGGAAGGAAGAGUGGGAAGAAAAGACACACUAGAAAUAGCAGGGUCGAGGUUGCCGGAUUGUUCUCAUGCGUGUGGAUCAUGUUCUCCAUGCAGGUUGGUGAUGGUGAGCUUCGUUUGUGCAUCGCUUGCAGAGGCUGAGUCCUGUCCAAUGGCUUACAAAUGCAUGUGCCAUAACAAGUCCUAUCCUGUCCCAUGAAUCUUAAUCUCUCUCUCACCUUCAAUUUCUAACCCCUGUAACAUACACAGUGCUCUCAUCUCUUUCUUCUUCAUGAGUUUCGUAAACACCAUAAACAUGUUUUUGAAGUAUAGUGUUCUUGUUCUUGUUGUUGUUAGGUUU